AUGGAUUGGAUUCGAGGAGACGCCGUUGGUCGAGGAACCUUCGCCACCGUUAGUUUAGUCAUUCCGACAACCACUCCCUCUCAGUUUCCCUCUCUGACCGCCGUUAAGUCCUCCCAAGCACUCACCUCCUGCUGGCUCAGGAACGAGAAACACGUGCUCGAUCGCCUAGGUUUGUGUCCCAGGAUCGUUCGCUGCUUCGGAGACGACUAUAGUUUCGAGAAUGGUGUGGAGUACUACAAUUUGUUUCUCGAAUACGCCGCCGCCGGGACACUCGCCGACGAGGUACAAAAUCGAGGAGGCCGGAUUCCUGAGUCUGAGGUUCGGCGUUACACGAGGUCCAUCGUGGAAGGUUUGAAUCACGUGCAUCAAAACGGGUUUGUCCACUGCGACAUAAAGCUUCAAAACAUCCUCGUAUUCGACGACGGGGAAAUCAAGAUUGCGGAUUUCGGUCUGGCAAAGGAGGCAGGGGAGAGAAAACAGAGGAGUGAAUGCAGGGGGACUCCGAUGUUUAUGUCCCCGGAGCAAGUGGCCGAUGGCGAGUGUGACUCGCCGGCGGAUAUAUGGGCUCUGGGAUGCGCCGUUGUGGAGAUGGUGUCAGGGAAACCGGCCUGGCAGGUGGAGAAGGGGUCGAGUAUGUGGUCGUUGAUGCUUCGAAUUGGGGUGGGAGAAGAGGUUCCCGAGAUACCUGAGAAUUUGUCGCGAGAGGGUAAGGAUUUUAUCGACAAGUGUUUCGUGAAGGAUCCUAAAAAGAGGUGGAGUGCAGAGAUGCUUUUGAAACACCCUUUUGUUUCUGAUGACACUGUUUCAUUUAAGCGCGUUCAUGAAUCGCCCAGAAGUCAUUUCGAUUUCCCCGACUGGGUUUCUAGUGCCACGGCUUCACUUCCCAGUUCGCCGGAAUCUCAAUCGCCGUGGAAUUUUGACGAGUCGCGUUUGGAAGGUUUCUGCUCGCCGGAGGACCGGCUCGGGCGGAUUUUGACGGUUAACCGGCCGGCGAGUUGGUCGGAAUCAGAUGGUUGGAGUAUUGUUAGGUGA